CGCAGCCCCUUGUGCCGCUGGAUUUUGUGAAUCGAGCUGGGCGGGCUCUCGCUCCCCCUCCGGGCGCCGCCUUCUCCGGCGCAUUUAAACGAGCCAAGUUUCCACUCCGCUUCUUAGUGGCAGCGUUCCACCCUCGCAGCCUGGCGGAGCGCUGGGUACCACGCGGGGCAGCCUCCUUCGCCAAGCAUCCCUCGGCCGCCCGGCUCCUGACCAUGCACCUGAACGCAACUUCUUCGUGGCAGCAGCACCCGAGCCCGUUUCACCUGCAGCCCCCGGGCGAUGCGGCCGGGAACGUCUCCAACAGCUCGGAUCUGUACUCCGAAGGGCCGGACGAGGAAGAUCUGGAUGUGAACACCGACAUCUACUCCAAAGUCAUGGUCACGGUCAUCUACCUGGCUCUCUUCCUGGUGGGCACCAUCGGCAACUCCAUCACCGCCUACACCCUGGUGCGCAAGAAGUCCCUGCAGAACCUGCAGAGCACGGUGCACUACCACCUGGCCAGCCUGGCUUUCUCUGACCUGCUCAUCUUCCUCCUGUGCAUGCCCAUCGAGCUGUACAACUUCAUCUGGGUGCACCACCCCUGGGCCUUCGGGGACGCCGUCUGCAAAGGGUACUACUUCCUGAGGGAUGCCUGCACUUACGCCACCGCCCUCAACAUCGCCAGCCUCAGCGUGGAGAGGUACAUGGCCAUCUGCCAUCCCUUCAAAGCCAAGAGCAUCAUGUCCAGGAGCAGGACCAAGAAGUUCAUCAGCUGCAUCUGGGUGGCCUCUUUCCUGCUGGCCAUCCCCAUGAUCUUCACCAUGGGCGAGAUCUAUGGCAGGGACCAGCAGCCGGACUCUCUGAUCUGUACCACCAUUGUGGAAGCCUCCACGCUUAAGACUGUCAUUCAGGUCAACACGUUCAUCUCCUUUGUGUUUCCAAUGGUCGUCAUUUCUGUCCUGAAUAGUAUCAUCGCCAACCAGCUCAUCAUCAUGUUCAAGCAAGCGGCACAAGAAAACCAGGUCUGCAUUAUUGGAGGACAGCAGGCGAUGCUCAGCAUGUCCAUGGAGCCCAGCCGUGUGCAAGCUCUGAAGCACGGAGUGAGAGUCCUGCGUGCUGUUGUGAUUGCCUUUGUGGUCUGCUGGCUUCCUUAUCAUGUACGGCGUCUCAUGUUUUGCUAUGUUCCAGCAGAUCACUGGACAGAGUUCCUUUAUAAUUUCUACCACUACUUCUACAUGUUGACAAAUGUCCUCUUCUACGUCAGUUCUGCCAUCAACCCCAUCCUCUACAACCUGGUAUCCGCAAACUUCCGCCAGAUCUUCCUCUCCACGCUCAUGUUCCUGUGCCUGCCAUGGAGAAAGAAGAAAAAGAGACCCAGCUUCACCAGGAAGUCCAACAGCAUCUCUAGCAACCAUACGUUUUCCAGCCAAGUCACUAGGGAAACGACAUACUGA